AAGUAGAAGAUGAAGAAGAAGAAGGAGAACGGAUAGAAGAAGUUGGAAAUUUUGGAAACACGAGGACGAUUGUAAACUUAUUAUUAAAAAGGAUGAAGAGUAAUCCGUUGGAAUACUUUAUGUUCUUUCUUUUACUGAUAGUUUCGGGAGGAAGAUCGACUUCCGUCCGAGACAAUCUCUUCCACGAGAAUGAUCUCGUUUCGUCGACAAACUCCAACAAGUCUCCACUUCCGAUUAUCUCGCCGGCCGAUUAUACCGAUACACUUCAUUCUUGUCUUUACGUGUCACCUGAUUUACCACCUUGUCAUUUUAUAAGAAACGAAAACACCCAAAGAUUUUAUCGAUCAACCGAUAAUUCCUUGGAGAAAAAAAAAUCGAACGAGGAGUCACUUUUUCAAGGACACAUCACGGUUUAUUCCUUACAAGGUUGCUUACCCUCCAGAUUACCUUUCAAGAUGGCGUUGUGUGAAUCGAAGGAGAGUCUCGAAAGAGCUACGAAAAUAUGGAAAUUAUAUCCUUUUCAAAUCAACGACGACGAAAAGAUCGGAUCGACGUUUGUUUUUCCACGAUUCGAUAUAAAUCGAUGGUUGAAAUCGAUGAGACUACUUCGCGACGAAAGAGAUCAAGAACAACGAUGGAAUGAUUCAGAGAAUUUUUUGAAGGCCAGUCCAAAAUAUUUUUCAUCGUCGAUGAUCUCGUUCGAUCGUGAUAGAAACGAUCGAAUAAAAUCAUCUUCGAGUACAUCUACGAUCAAUCGAAAUAAUUUGAUGAAUUCGAAUGAAAGUGUACGACGUAGAAGAAGAAGACGAAGAAGGAGCGAUCUAUUGGAUCGUGAGAUCAGACAAGGAAGCGAGUUUCCCUACUCGAAAUCGAUCCCAUUCGAUCCAAAGAGACUCAGUUUAGCUCUGAGAUCAAAUAAAUUUUUCAAAUCUAGUCCGUCCCUUUCGCAAAGAUCUAGGGACAUGAAAAUGGAAAACCAAUCUUUCUAUUGAAAGGAGAUACCAUACAAUUUUUAAAGAAACUCGAAUAGAUCAAGUCAAUAUAUCCGGUGUUUAUCGUGUUCGAAAUAGUUACCUGAUUGUUUCUAAUUUUUAUCCUUAAUUAAUAUAGAUCUAUUUAAUAGAAAUAUAAUAGGUAAGAAAAAAGAGAAGAAAUCACAAAAAAAACAAAAAAAAAAAAUAACAAAAAAGAACAAAAAAAAAGAAUG